GUUCAGCCCCAUUUUAAACGAGGUCCUUGAAGAUUGCUGGCUAUGAGCUAAAGAACAAGCUGGAAAAUCCCGUAUGAAGAGAAAUGGGCAUUGUACCCGUUCCAAAACGAAGGGCAACAUGGUGGGUGGUUCAUGAAAACUGCACUGACCACAUAGGUCAUCGGCCCGAUACUGGUCCGAAGACAUUCUUUAGACCUUUUCACUCUGAAGUCCAUAUAUAAUAAGUGCUAGUCAGACUCGAGCCCAAAAUAUUUUGACGAUCGCAGAGUCGCAAACUUGCCCCUCAAUCGAGGGAUACAGAUGAAAGCAAAAUAAAGAUGUUAGCUCGUAAAGGGGAAGAAGUGAGCAUAAAAUAUUACAUGUUUCUACGUUUUAGGAAGAUAAUAUUAGAGAGAGACUUAGCCCUAGACUCCUGGGUGCGAAAUCUUUCUUUCCUUGUAGUUUACAGAAAUGGAUGAAAAAAUAUUAUGGAAUCAAUGUCUAUACCAAUCUAUAUUUGCAUGUACCAUUUGAGUAGAAAAUUACCAUACAAGAAAUAGACUAAAAAGGAAAAGGUAUUAAGUGAGAAUAUUUGCCGAGAAUUUGAAGGCUGGAAUGUAGUCCAUAAAAUAACUAUGAGAAUUCUGUUACGAGUGUUAAUGGGAGAAGAACAGAAUCUUAUAUUAUCUUUAUAAUAUCACCUAAAGGCAUCAUUCAUCUUUUCAUCUUCUUGAAGAAUAGCAGAGAUGAGGAGAAGAAAGGACUGCUCUCUUCUUUAGAAGUUUCGAUGGCAGAAAACCUUGCGCCUCUUCAGGCUUGUAUUCUGAGAGUGGAUGUCUGCCGUUGUUCCAAGUGUUCUACAAAAGUGAAGAAAAGGUUGCAAAAAAUAAAUGGAGUUAAUUUCGUCGACAUAAACACAAAAAAGGGAUUGGUAAUGGUUUCUGGCUUGGUAGAUCCGUCAACACUCCAAAAGGCCAUAGCAAAGACAGGGAGGAAAGCAGAGGUAUUGGCAUAUGAAAAGGAUCCCAUACAAGCCAAAAGGAAACUUGAUCAGUUCAUUAGGAACAUGCAGAAAGAGCAUAACAUUCGUGAAGAGGAGAAUUGUUGCUGCUGUAAGGAGCCUAAGGGUGAUGAAAAACCUGUAGCUAAGGUGCAUGAGCAUGAGGCGAUUUCUUUGCCUUCUCAGCCAUACUAUGGAAUGGGAAGUAAUACGGCACCUCCUGCUUGGUAUGGGCAGAGAAGUGAUGAUCCAAUAUUUUACGGUGCUGGUUACCAUGCGUUGCCACCUAGGUAUCCAACUCCAAUGGCGCCAUACAAUUACACGGGGAGACGAUAUGGCUAUCACGGCCAUCGGCCACCCAUUUAUGCCACGUUGCCACUUCAGCCAGCGCUCCCUCCUCCUGCUCCGAUUCAUGCCAGGUUGCCGCUGCAGCAAACACUCCCCCCUCCUCCACCACCUCGGCCACAAAUUCCCAUGUCAAAUCUCCAUGCUGUUUACGGCGGGCAAAAAGAUGUGCCAUCAGGCAACUCCAUCUAUCAUGCUUUCAGCGAUGAUAACGCUGCAGCUUGCAGCAUAAUGUGAGCUUGUUGCUGCAUUAAUGUGAUUAUAUAUUGAAAUAACGCCCAUUAUUUAACCAAAUCGUGUACCCUUGUAGCACCGUUAUUGAUGAAUCCCACCGCCAAGUAUUAUUGAAAUAACGUCCAUUGUUGACCGUACAUGUAAUAUCUUUUUUCAUUUUCCAUAAAAACAUUUUCAUCAUUUUAUGUGGGCUAGAAGCUAAGCUCCGUAUCGAGAUUCAUGACUGUAUCCACUAAUUAAAAUCAUGAUGGCGGACACUGCUUAUAUCUUUGCUCUUGCUGAUUAGUUUU